AUAAAAUAAAAUUAAAAGUCAAGUGAAAUGUGAUUUUUUUAUAUUCUUAGAAUAACAUGAUAAAGAUAUACGUAGACAAUAAAAUAACUUUAAAACCUUUCACUUUAUAAAUGCCGGUUGCAUUCUUGCAAAUCAAGAAAUUUUGAAAAUGGAUUGCAACUUAAAAUGGUUAAACUUUUCUUUUAAUUACAAUCAAGAAAUUAUGAUAUGGAUAGUUUUAAAUUACUUAUUUAAUGUUGCAAAUGCUAAACGCACAUGUAGCCAUUUAGUAGAAAUCUCGACAACAAACGGCAAGCAAUCAGUAACUGCAACUUAUUACUGCAUUACAGUUGCAUAUUGCUGUCAGAGUGGUUGUUGUUACUUGCAUAACCUCUGGUAUUUCUGGUUUAUCUUUAUACUCAUUAUUGUGGUAUCCUGCUCUGGCUGUUGUUAUUACGCUUACCGAAAAAAGAAAAGUUUAAAAAUAUGGCAAGCGCCUAUGCAAAUUGACUUUAGUAUGAAAAAGCAACGAGAAAUAAGAAAUAAUUUAUCGCACCAUACAUGAAGUAUACUUUUUUAAUCAUGACAUUUUAUUUUAAAGAAAAAAAAGCAAGAUUUGGUUAGAAGCGAAGACGUUUAUACUAUGACUACAAUUAAGAAUCAAAUUAAACAAUAACUGACAAUGAUAUUAAAAUUAUUUAACAAAUUAAACGGUAUUCGACAAUGAUACUGAAAUUGUUUAAGAAAUAGUCUAAUUUUUGA